AUGGGGAACCGGUCUGUGAGAGACGUACCCGGGAUCGGACCUGUACAGGGCCGCAGGCUAGAGGAUAAGGGCGUUACCAGGUAGGUUCACUACAUAGGAAUAGUGUGCCAAAUCAGAACCAACCAUAGUUUCAGAACCAACCAUAGUUUCUGAAAUGUCUGGGAACUUUGGUCAAUUUAUGUGAGUAAAUCCACCAAUCACUGAUGUGCUGCCCCAAGCUGGUGAGAGUAGACAACAACACAUCCGCCAUAAUGAUCCUCAACACGGGGGCCCCUCAGGGGUGCGUGCUUAGUCCCCUCCUGUACUCACUGUUCACCCACGACUCCAACGCCAUCAUUAAGUUUGCUGACGACACAGUGGUGGUAGGCCUGAUCACCGACAACGAUGAGACAGCCUAUAGGGAGGAGGUCAGAGACAACCUCUCCCUCAACGUGAUCAAGACAAAGGAGCUGAUCGUGGACUGCAGGAAAAGGAGGGCCGAGCACGCCCCCAUUAACACCGACGGGGAUGUAGUGGAACAGGUUGAGAGCUUCAAGUUCCUCGGUGUCCACAUCACCAACAAACUAUCAUGGUCCAAACACACCAACACAGCCGUGAAGAGGGCACGACAAAGCCUAUUCCCCCUCAGGAGGCUGAAAAGAUUUGGCAUGGGACCUCACAUCCUCAAAAAGUUAUACAGCUGCACCAUUGAGAGCAUCUUCACUGGCUGGAUCACCGCUUGGUAUGGCAACUGCUUAGCAUCUGACCGCAAGGCACUACACAGGGUAGUGCGUACGGCCCAGUACAUCACUGGGGCCAAACUCUCUGCCAUCCAGGACCUUUAUACCAGGCGGUGUCAGAGGAAGGCCCUAAAAAUGGUCAAAGACUCCAGCCCCCAAGUCAUAGACUGUUCUCUCUGCUACCGCACGGCAAGCGGUACCGGAGCGCCAAGUCUGGAACCAACAGGACCCUGAACAGAUUCUACCCCCAAGCCAUAAGACUGCAAAAUAGUUAGUUAAAUAGUUAACCAAAUAGCUACAAGGAAUAUCUGCAUUGACCCCUUUUGCACUAACUUUUUUGACUCAUCACAUACACUGCUGCUACUGUCUAUUAUCUAUCCUGUUGCCUAGUCACUUUACCCCUACCUACAGUAUACUGCUGCUACUGUCUAUUAUCUAUCCUGUUGUCUAGUCACUUUACCCCUACCUACAGUACACUGCUGCUACUGUCUAUUAUCUAUCCUGUUGUCUAGUCACUUUACCCCUACCUACAGUAUACUGCUGCUACUGUCUAUUAUCUAUCCUGUUGUCUAGUCACUUUACCCCUACCUACAGUAUACUGCUGCUACUGUUUAUUAUCUAUCCUGUUGCCUAGUCACUUUACCCCUACCUACAGUAUACUGCUGCUACUGUCUAUUAUCUAUCCUGUUGUCUAGUCACUUUACCCCUACCUACAGUAUACUGCUGCUACUGUCUAUUAUCUAUCCUGUUGUCUAGUCCCUUUACCCCUACCUGCAGUAUACUGCUGCUACUGUCUAUUAUCUAUCCUGUUGCCUAGUCACUUUACCCCUACCUACAGUAUACUGCUGCUACUGUCUAUUAUCUAUCCUGUUGUCUAGUCACUUUACCCCUACCUACAGUAUACUGCUGCUACUGUCUAUUAUCUAUCCUGUUGUCUAGUCACUUUACCCCUACCUACAGUAUACUGCUGCUACUGUCUAUUAUCUAUCCUGUUGUCUAGUCACUUUACCCCUACCUACAGUAUACUGCUGCUACUGUCUAUUAUCUAUCCUGUUGUCUAGUCACUUUACCCCUACCUACAGUAUACUGCUGCUACUGUCUAUUAUCUAUUCUGUUGUCUAGUCCCUUUACACCUACCUACAGUAUACUGCUGCUACUGUCUAUUAUCUAUCCUGUUGUCUAGUCACUUUACCCCUACCUACAGUAUACUGCUGCUACUGUCUAUUAUCUAUCCUGUUGUCUAGUCACUUUACCCCUACCUACAGUAUACUGCUGCUACUGUCUAUUAUCUAUUCUGUUGUCUAGUCCCUUUACACCUACCUACAGUAUACUGCUGCUACUGUCUAUUAUCUAUCCUGUUGUCUAGUCACUUUAUCCCUGCCAAUAUGUACAUAUCUACCUCAAAUACCUCGUACCCCUGCACAUGGACUCAGUAGUGGUACCCCGUGUAUAUAACCAAGUUAUCAUUGACUCAGUACUUGUACCCCGUGUAUAUAGCCAAGUUAUCGUUACUCAUUGUGUAUUUAUUAUUACGUGUUGUACUUUUCUAUUCUUCCUCUAUUUUCUUUCUCUCUGCGUCGUUGGGAAGGGCCCGUAAGCAUUUCACUGUUAGUCUACACCUGUGGUUUACGAAGUAUGUGAUGAAUACAAGUUGGUUUGAUCAACCAGAAGUUAAAGCUGUUGAAAAUAAGUUUAAGCAUUUCCCAAAAAUAUACCUAUACAAGAGCUAUACAUAGUUUCAGAAAACUUUACCAGAACUUAACAGUAAAUGACCCCGUUUUGUCUCUCCCAGGGCUGACCAGAUGUUGGGCCAGUACCUGGUGAGUGGUCGAGACCAAGGCCAGUUCCAGGGCUAUCUGAAAAAGACCACAGGGGCCAACGCCAAGCAACAAAGUGACGCCUACAAUGGAAUGAGAGAGUGGACCAACAACAAUAUGUAG